UGCCUGGGGAAGAUCAGGUGCUGCUUGGGUUCCCGCCAGCCCUGGCCCCAGCCUCAGGGAACCUCAGGCAGCUUCUCCAGAGACAGCCAUCAUGGGCUGCUGGAAGCAGUGUCCGGACAGGGGAACCAAGUAUGCCCUGACUAGUGGUGUCGUUGUGACUCUGGCCUUGACUCUCAGCAUGGUCCUCGCCUUGACGCUGAACUGGGGCCCUCAGUCAGGCUGCGGGGGAGAUGACUGCUCUGAAGGGGAUAUGCUGGGCUACCUGCUGAACCUCGGUCAGAUCAGCAGCCCAGACGGCCUGCUGGUCACCUGGAGCCAUGGGGCCAACAGCCAGGACCAGAUGGAGGAGGGCCUGAGUAGCGACUCCAUGGUCCUGGAGGCGGAUGUCAAUAUAGAAGGGCUCAACACAUUCAAUGAGACAGGCGUUCCCAUCAUGGCCCACCCGCCAGCCAUCUACAGUGACAACACGCUGCAGCACUGGCUGGACACCGUGCUAUCCCGCUCCCAGAAGGGCAUCAAACUGGACUUCAAGAGCAUCAAGGCUGUCAGCCCCUCGCUGGACCUACUGCGGCAGCUGACUGACGCCGGCAGGGUGCAGAGGCCCGUGUGGAUCAAUGCUGACAUCCUGCCCGGUCCCAACAAUUUUAUCUCAGUUCCAGUCAAUGCCACACAGUUCCUGGCACUGGUGCAGGAGAAAUACCCCAGGACCACCCUAUCCGUGGGCUGGACCACCCUUUAUGCACCCCCGCUCUUCACCAGCCCUUACACCAAGGCCAUGCUGGAGGAGAUGCAGGAUCUGGUGGGGGCGGUGCCGCAGAAGGUCACCUUCCCUGUGCGGGCUGUCAUGGUGCGGGCGGCCUGGCCCCACUUCAGCUGGCUGCUGGACCAAUCUGACAGGUACACCCUGACACUGUGGCAGGGCACCACCGACCCUGUGUCAGUGGACGACCUCCUCUACAUCCGGGACAACACGGAGACCCACCGAGUCUACUAUGACCUCUUCGAGCCUGUCCUGUCACAGUUUAAGCAGUUGGCUUUGAACGCCACAAGGAAGCAGGUGUACUACACAGGUGGCAGCCUGAAGCCUCUUCUCCAGCUCCAAGGGGGUGAUGGUCUGGGCUUGGAGUGGCUGGUUCCGGAAGUUCACAGCAAUGGGACUAUGGCCAUGGUCACCCUCCCAGACAAAGAUGGCAUGAUCCUGCUGGACAUCGGCCUCCAAGGACCUGCAGCCAGGGACUCUGUGCCUGUCGUACGUGCCCCAAGUGACCCUGUGCUGACACUAGAAUCAUCCCUGCUGCAGCUGUCCAAGCGCCCUGGACACUGGGCUGUCCACGUGAAUAUAGCAGAGCCUGCAGCCCUCCGGCCAGCCCUGACCAUCCUGGCACGCCUCUCCUUCCUUGGCCACCUGCCCCGACCUGUGUGGGUUGGAGCCACAGUUUCCCAUGGCAGUUUUGUGAUCCCUGGCCAUGUGGAUGGCAGAGAACUGAUCACAGCUGUGGCUGACAUUUUCCCCCAUUUGACAGUGGCCCCAGGCUGGCCUGAGGAGGUGCUGGAUGGUGGCUACAGGAAGCAAUUGAUCACAGAUAUGCUGGAACUGUGCCAGGAUCUCUGGCAACCUAUGUCCUUCCAGGUACAGGCUGGGCCACUGGGACAGAGCCAGGCAGAGGUAGUAGCCAGGCUACUGGCAGCCUCACCCCGAGCCACUGUCACUGUGCAGAGCAACCAUGCUGGGAGCAGACCUGCAGCUGUGCGGGCUGGGCUGCUGGCAGCCAGGGCCGAGGACAAAAGCCGAGUCUACUACAGGCUGCCCCAGGAGCAGCGCCAAAGCUUGCUGGCAGACCUUGGCAGGAAUUGACUGCCUGGCAGCGCUGGGCUUGCCGAGCCCUGGGCCGAGGCUUCAGGGAGGAGGCAGGAUGAAUAAACACCUGGCCUUCCUCCCUGCA